AUGGAAAUUCCACCCAAGAGCCCUGAUGGGAGUGAGAAGUCUCCUCAGUCCAAAGAGCUGCUGACCAGUAACACGGCCAGCACCCUCUGCAUCAGCUCUCGGAGCGAGUCUGUCUGGACCAGCGCAUCCAGAAGCAAGUGGGACAUAUACCAUAAGCCGGUCAUUGUUGUGUCUGUCGGAGCAGCCAUCUUCCUCAUUGGGAUCAUCAUCACCAGCCUGUCUUGCAUCCAAAACAAGAACAAAAAAGUUUACAAAAUGUGUGGCCCGGCUCUCCUGUCCUUGGGACUAAUGCUCCUAGUAUGUGGCCUUGUCUGGAUCCCCAUCAUCCGGAAGAAGCAGAAGCAGAGACAGAAGUCACAAUUUCUGCAGAGCCUCAAGUCCUUCUUCUUUCAUGGCUGA